AUGCGGGCUCAAGCAAUAUUUUGGAGGUCAAGGUCAUCGUUGAAGGCUUCAAAAACUUUUUGUCUCCCCCGUCCUAAUCAUUCCUCUCUCCCGUAUAAUGGAAAACGGCUCACGUCUUCUUCGGCCUCCAAUUUUGAAGUCGCCCCAUCUACCUUAGAUUCCGCCGUUGAACCAGAAGCUGGACCCAUUCUUUCUGCUUCUCCAUCAUCUCCACCUACGGAAGAGCCUGAACGAACAAAAACACGACGCACACGACCUUUCACCUCUAUCACACCUAAGGAACCCGAGUUACCUGAACUUCCUGAGGCAUUGGACAUUCUCUGGACACCUGCAUCGGGAGGCACACAAGAACCAUUCGAAUUGCAUUCGUUACCUCCAGAAGAUAUUUUAGAGGAGGCCCUACAUAAUCUCCAUGUAGCACUUCAUCCUCAGACCCAAAAUCACGCUGUUUUUGCUUCGCCUCUUGGCCCCCCGAUAGAACCUUCGCUGGGCUUGUAUUGUCCUAUCGAAGGAGGGGAAUAUGUUAUAGAUGCGACUGUGAAGGAAUUAGCAACAAGAACUGGGGCAGAAGUGCUCAUUCUGGAUUCUGUACAGUUGGCUGCUGGUGAAUGGGGAGAUUUUGGUCCAGGUAUGAAUUCUGUGAACAUUGACCUUUUGGCUUGUCUAAAAUGUACUGAAGCGGCUAUGUCUCUACAACUCCCCCGCAAUCCCCUACACUUCUCUUCUUCAUCUCUCCCUCCUUCAGCUCGCCCCCCACUCACACCCCCACCCGACGAAGACGAUGAACAUACUUCGCCUUUUCCUUCUCUCCCUCUGUUGACAUUUAUGGCACCAGCUGGAUCCAGUAGUCCCUCCGUUUUAGCCUCGUCUUCAAAACGCGCCGUCCCAGCGAGCAAAGUCAAGGUCUUCUUUGAUGCGCUGGUCAACAUGAAACCAAAGGAUCCUGAACUACAGUCAACCUCUACAGGAAAACCACGACUUGUGUAUAUUCGUGAUUUUCCCACUCUCGCAUCUACUUCCUCGACGUGGUAUCCACAUCUUUUGUCCUCCAUCCGCCAGAGACGAAAAGGCGCGAUGUCACGUUCAUCGUCACCUGUACCAAAUCCUAUGGCCAUUAUAUACGGUAUAACACCGCCUCUGCUGGCCCAAACACCUCCAGAAGGAAAUGGCGGUAGUGGUUUCUUAAAUUUGCUCAUGAACAAGCAGUCCCACCAAUCUGCGUUACCCAAUUCACUGAAAGCCACAAAAUCAGAAUGGGGGGAAAACCAGACAGCUGAUUCUGCUCGAGAAAAGCGAUUGCGCCAACGACUCAGAAAGUGGGAGAAGGGGGAGAACGUGCUGCAAAGCGAGUACCCUCGAUUAUAUCCGUUGGAUGAGACUUCGGAGUCUAGCUCUCGCCCAGAAGUUAUUGUCGUGGGAUCUGGUACCAGUACCCUCGCAACUUUGACUCGAACACUGUCUGGUCGCUCAACUCCAGAAUCUGAAAGCCGACCUUCAUUCUUCAGGAAUUCGGUACUCGUACCUCGGCUUCGUUCUCCAACUCAGGAACAAGCCUCUAGAGUGUCCCGGCGCCGAGAAAUCAACGAACUCACAAUGCGAAUGGGGAUUGGGGCUGUUGGUGGUGUGCUGCAGCCAGAACGAGCCGACUUGGUUUUUCAGCGAAAUGUUGAAGCUGAGCAUGUGCAAGAAGCAGUUGAUUCUGAUACUGAAGCUAACCCUAACACAAACCCAACUACAGAGAUCGAGCAACCCGAAAACGAAAUGUGGGAUAAGUGGGGAAAUCGAAUCGAAAUGUGGAGUAAUGUACGGCGCAUUGCUGAUCGCGCUCUAGGGAGUGUUAUUGCAGCCUCAGCUGAGGAACGAAAACCCACUCUGGACCGUACCUUCGUUCCAUGGCAUGUUGUGAGUCGUGCGUGGGCAUCCGUCAACGGUGUUCUCGACGUGCGACGGUCUUGGUUGAAGGAAGCUCUGCCGUCAGUCCUGGCCGCCGACAAUGAAGAAGGUGAAAGGGUGGGGAAAGGAUAUCACGACGAGGUGAUCGAGGCAGUCAAAAAUGAUCCCGAUUUGGACCACCACGAGCAGCGUCUAUUGUCAUCGAUUGUGGAUGCGGCAUCAAUGUCGACUACGUUUAGUCAAGUCCACCUUCCCCAGCACACCAUCGAUUCAGUGAGGUCCAUCGUCUCAUUACCCUUACUUCACCCGAAGGCAUUUCAACACGGUAUCCUUAAAGAACAUGGCAUGACUGGCUGUCUUCUUUUUGGUCCUCCUGGGACUGGGAAGACCCUCGUAGUACGAGCACUAGCGAAAGAAGCUGGCUGCCGUAUGAUGGUCGUUUCCCCGUCAGAUGUCAUGGACAUGUACGUCGGCGAAGGAGAGAAACUGGUCAGAGCAGUGUUUUCUUUAGCUCGGAAACUCUCUCCGUGUGUGAUAUUCUUAGACGAGAUCGAUGCUUUAUUCGGCGCAAGAAUGUCCGCUCGUGAGAGUGGGAGUGCUAUUGCCCAUCGGGGCGUGAUCACCGAGUUCAUGCAAGAGAUGGAUGGCCUGAAGUCUUCCAAGGAAGAUAACGUCAUCGUCAUUGGGGCGACAAAUCGACCGUUUGACUUGGAUGAUGCGGUCCUUCGGCGUCUACCUCGCCGCUUAUUAGUGGAUUUACCUGGCGAGAAGGAACGUGCAGAAAUAUUGAAAAUCCUUCUACGAGACGAGACUCUACAUUCGGACGUCAACAUUUCGGCUCUUGCAAAGCAAACAGAUAGCUUCUCUGGCUCAGACCUAAAGCAUCUAUGUGUAUCUGCUGCUCUGGACGCUGUUAAGGAGCGCGUCCGUCUUCCUUGGUCGCCAGAAAGUAAUUCCGAGGAAAUCCAUACAUACAUCGAAGAUAUGGAUUCCAAUGUCAACCAGCAGGACGAUGUAGCAGGUAUACCUAAGGAGAGUGUUCAAUCUGAAAAACCGGAGAAAACUCGACAACGAUCCUCACGCGUUCUGUCAAAGCAAAAUUUUAACAAAGCAUUGAAAGAGAUCACUCCCUCGUCAUCAGAAGCCUUGGGAAGUCUAGCAGAGUUGCGUAAAUGGAACGAAGAGUUCGGUGAAGGUCGAAGGGAUCGUAAACGGAUAUUGAUUUGGGGGAAAGGCCUGUUCGGAUUCAAUGAUCAAGGAAGCUUCCCUAAACAGGACGAUAUUAGAAUUUCCUCGCCUGUAUCUGAUUCCUAA